AUAUCUGUCGCGGCGGCAACCAACGUGUGGUCGGGUGUCAAGUCAAUGUUAUGUAGUGUGGUUCGCAGUUUGACUGUACUGUCUUGACAGUUCAUUAGGCGUUUAUGUAUUUCAUGUGGAAGUGAAGCGUUGAUUUGAACACGAGCUCAGUGUUCGAUGUCAAGCAAGUUUCCCGGGAAUGGCUGUCCGACUUUUCUGGCAGACAAGAAAGCCUUUGCAGCUGGCCUAGACUUUUGAAAGUGAUGGAUAGCACACCUGAUGGAAAACUGCUGUUUGUCUUGUUCGAAGGCACAGCAGCACUAGAUGCAUCCCCUGCAAUGCAGGCAGCUUUCAAGGCUGCUGGCAUAGAUUCUAUGGAACCAAGUUGGAUUACAACACAGUCAUGUCUUGCUAAGAAGCACAGAGACCCGACAGAAGUGUAUGUUUGUGAUCCCUUUGAAGGUCCCGCAUUUGAGCACUUGAGGCAAAUUCAAGCUCGAGUUGUGGGCCCACUCUGCGUGUCUAUGGCCAUUCAGGUGCAGGAACCUCUGCCUCGUAGGCCAGAGCCUGUAUACAGCCUUUCUUUUCGAGGUCUGGUUAUCACAUGUUCAGUGCUGGCCAGUGAAGAAAGAGCCCGCAUCAAGGAGAAAGUGGAGCUAAUGGGUGGCACCACUGUAGCUCCACUGACAUCUAGUGUCACCCAUGUUGUGGCUGGAGAUGUUGGAUCGAAAAAAUACCAUGUGGCUGCCAAUCGGAAAAUUCCAGUUAUGCAGCCAGGUUGGGUGCAGCUUUUCUGGGACCAAGAGCAGCACAAGUUAGCGCAUGCUGCCAGCACUGCAUAUUCCCACCUGCGAUUGCCAGCUUUUAAGGGCCUUGUGAUAACUGUUUCACAGGUACCAACUACUGAACGUAAGCAGCUGCAGGUCCUUGUAGAGUCAAAUGGAGGCUCUUAUUCUGGCCAGCUACAUUGCAAGAAGACAACCCACGUGGCUCUUUUGGAUGCAUCAGGGGAGAAGUACAACUAUGCUCGCCUGUGGAAGCUGCAUUGUGUCCAUGUUCGCUGGCUGUAUGAAAGCGCACAAGCAGGCUAUGCCCUUGAUGAGUCACUCUAUGCUUUGGAACCAAAUGAGACCUGCAAAAAGUCAACACCCAAUCAGUCUAUUGCAGAUGAUCCUUUGCCUUCAUGGGACUUUAGUGUCAUCAAAACAGGAGAUGCCACUCACAUAAAUGAUACUGCACGCUCAAAUGAGAGCACUUUGACCCUGCGUGAGUGCAAGCUGAAAGAUCCAGUUGAUGAUAUUGACAUCGAUAAAUUGUCCUCAUGCUGUGGUCAGUUUCUGGAUGGCUGCUGUGUACUUCUGUGGGGCUUUUCCCAAGAAAAACUUGAGAAAAUGCGAAAAGUUAUCAAUGCUUGUGGGGGAGUGAGACUUGAUGAAUACAAGGAAGAAGUUACUCAUGUGGUAGCAGCUGAAGGCCCUCACUUCAUUUCAGAAGUUAUGAAGAUGAUCAAGAAGCACGGUGGUUCACCUUAUGUUGUGUCCGCAUGGUGGUUUGCUAAAAGCUGUGCUUCAGGCAAGCUGCAGAAGAUCAACACAUACCUUCUUGCAGAGCUGCACUCUGAUGUUGGAGGUGGUGAGCUGCCUGCAAAUUGUAUGCCCAACGCUACAGAGACUCGUAAAAGAUCUGUGACACUAGGAAGUGAAAAUCCAUUUUCAAAUGAUUUUAGUGAUAUUGUGGAACAGUACAGGGUCUCUAAUAAUGUCAGUAUGGAUGCUGGAGAUUGUGCAUCCACUUCUCAUCAUGAGAAAAAUGAUGUUGAACAUACAGCAUGCAACAUGAAGACAAGUGCAGCACUGGAUUCUCUCGAAGCCAGCAUGAAAAACAGCCCCAUGAAUGAAAAAUUAGUGGAGAGGUACGAGUCUGCUGAUGCACUCUUCACAGGUAUGAUUUUCAGGAUACACGGCUUCAAAGAAGAAGAUAAGCUCAUUUUGGAAGAGUGCAUCACACACAAUGGAGGAAAAAUUUACACUGGUGACAGUUCCAGGAAGAGUAUGCAGCAGUUGGUAGAGAUAGUGCCACUUGUCAUAGAUCCCACAAAAUAUAGCUCUCUUGAUGGCUUGUUGGUCACGUACUGCUGGCUAGAGGCUUGUGUUCACAAGGAAUCUUUGCUCACCUUUGAAGAGGACCCACUGUUCCAGCCAUUCACAAAGCCCCCUACAAAGGAUCCUCUGUGUGAUUGUGUCAUUUCCUUCAGCCAGUACGGCAAACCAGAGCGAGAAUUUCUAGCUCAUUUGGCUGAAUUGUUGGGUGCAACUUGCCAGGAAUUUUUUGUGCGGUCAGUGCGUCGUAACAACCAGCGGAAGCUUUUGCCCAACACUCAUUUGAUUGCGCGAGAACCUGAAGGCAAUAAAUUUGAGGCGGCUGUAAAUUGGGGACUGCCUGUAGUCACCAAAGACUGGCUGGUGGCUUGUGCCAGGUAUGGUGAAAAAAUGGAUGAGGACAUGUUCUUGCUAAGUGAACCUGCUCGCCAGUCUCAAAUUACCAAGUCUUCGUCAGCAGUGAGCAAUUUGAUUGCUUUGAACCAAAAUGGAUCAUCUGCAGAAAAGCAUGGAGUGCAGCUUGAUAAUCAAAACAGCAUAACAAUAACGGAAAAAGAAUUGAAUAGUGCACUCGAUGGAGAAGCUGAAUCUUCCAAUAUGCUGCCAUGUGAAGAAGGCACCAGGCAAGAUUUGGAUGCAUGUAAAGAUCGAACUUCAGCUUCCCACACCACUUCAAUGUGUAAGGAGCCUGGAAGUUUUGCUGUUCAUGGCCCAUCUUUUGCUAAUGAGCAAACUGAUAAUGCUAUUGAUGCAAGAAGUAAGAUGGUAGCUGCUGAAUCUGCAAAGUUGGGCACACCUGACGAAAGACGGAAAGUUUCUGCUGGUGGUUUGUCAACACCAGGAAGCUUUUUAAAAAGUCAGCGCAUUCGAGAACUUCUGUCAGAAAGCCACAACAGCAUGAGCAGUAGUAUUGCCAGUGCAGAGGCUAGCAGUGAAGACGAAAGCUUUCAGCAAAGCAUAGGUUCCACUUACAGGCCAAAGCUGAACAUUGGAAGCCCAGUUCCCUUCAAUGCCUGCAAAGAAAAUGUGAAUACUCCGAGAAGGUCACGUCCCUUGUCUCUUGGAAAACAAAUUGCUCGUAACUUUGACCAAAUCCUGGAACAGUUUGGUGUCAAUGAAGACCUUAAUGGACUGCUAGACAGCCCGAGCCCUGUACCACAGACUAAGCCAGUGCAAGCUGCACCAACAUCAUGCCCUCUGGCAGGAGCAGUUGUAUGUGUGUCGAAGAGGCUUUCACAUGUCCAGAAGGAGUUGGGAGACAUUGUUUGUGAACUAGGUGGGGAAUUUAUUCCUGCUUACUCAGAUCAUUGCACGCAUAUGGUACACCAAAGCAAGCCUGGAGAAGUAGUGCCGCGGGAAGUGCUUAGAGCCAGAGAACAAGGUAAACGGCUGGUAAGCUCGGGCUGGGUCUAUGCUUGCAAGGGCUCUGGUUCUUGGCUUGAUGAAGCAGACUUCCCCAGUGCACAUGAUGAGAGACUUUCUCUUGUAGGGCAUGUUUCAACUGUCCGUGUUCCUAAGCAGCGGUCUCAGCAGAGUACUUCCUCACAGCUUGGCUCACCCAACAUCCUCAAGUCACCAGCUCCUGGGGAAAUUGCCUUACCAAAAGCACCUGAAAGCAUGGAACUGCAACCUCGGAGGCUCACAGAGAGCCAGCAAAAGAUAAAUGACCAGCUAGAUGAACUCAUGAUGGCUGCAAAAGCAGCUGGGCGACGACAGAGCUUGCGGCCAGCUCCAGCACCUGUAGUUGCUUCACCGAUACACCCUGUCCUCACAGCAACAGAUUCUACAAAGCCAUCAGUCAUUACUAGCCUUCCCUUACCCGACUCGGAAUCUCAGUUUGUUGGCAUUACUUGGGAUGACCCAACACGAAGAAUGGAAAUGGCUAGGCUUGCUGGAAAGCUAGCUGAAAUGGAACCUGCUUCUCAGCCAGCAACAGAGCAUUCCCCUGACAGAGUAGAUGACAAUGUAUUUGAGGAAGCAGAGCCAGCAGUGGAGCCACCUCCUAAGGUGUUUGUGAUUUCUGGCUUCUCAGAUGAGCAGAAGAUGCGCUAUGCAUCAAUCAUAUCUGAACUCGGUGGUGUGCUGCUUACAUCCAAAGCCUACAAUCCAGAAAUGACACACUUGGUCCUGUUACAGGCCCUAAAGAAUGAACGCUAUCUUGCAGCUCUUGCUUCUGGGAAAUUUAUCUUGCAUGCAGCUUAUCUAGAUGAGAGUGCCAAGGCUGGAAAAUUCUUGGAUGAAGAGGAAUAUGAAUGGGGUGGUCCCUUGACUGAAAGCUGCCUUAUGAACCUCUCCACUGCAUCAACAAAGAGCCACAAAGGCAAGGGGCAGCAGGCCUAUGCUCCCCGCCGAUGGCGGCAGCGCAUUGCCCAGGAUGCCGAGCACAAAGGUGCAUUCUCAAACUGGCGUGUGGCCAUCUAUGCAAGUGCCUCCAAGGAAGCAGCCUACAUGAACAUACUCACUGCUGGUGGGGCCACCAUUGUGCCAACGGCUGUAGUGUGUGCCGGCCUUGAGGCUGGAGAGAUCACACAUGCUCUCUUUGAUACUGGAAUGGCGAAAGGUGUACAGCUGGACUUGCUCAUCAGUGCUGGGACUUUGUGUCUUAAAGCUGAGUAUAUGGCGACAUUUCUGGUUGAUGAUCCUGUUCCACCACCUGACAAGUUCUAUAUACCUGAGGUGCUCAAGCUUCUGGACAUCUCCGAUAGCACCAAUUCAGUCACAUCUGCUAGCAAAAGAACAGCAGCCAGCACCUCAAGUCGUAGUAACCUGGCCUUGGGAGCAAAACGGAAGAGGCAGUGAUUAAACCAACAGUCCUCAAGCCAAAAAGAAGGAACAUUGUAAGGAAGUCUGUUGCAUUUAUGUGCAUAAUAUAACUGUCAGUGCACAAAGGUUACUGUUGUACUGUGCAUGCCAUUCUUCUAAUAACAGCAGUGUGGUUGCAGUGGACUUGUGUAGAUUAAACCAGAUUGGUGCUGCAAUCACCUGUGAGCAUUUACAUAGUAUAGUGUUGCACAGAUUUUAUGCGCAAGUUUUUACCUUAUGUACAUGAUGUUGCUUAGCAUAUUCAAAUGUGUAAAACUGACUGUCUUCCAUGGCUGAGAAGAGCCAGCUGGAGCACCUCUUCACCACCCCUGUCCCUCAACCCUCGUCUCCCCCCCCCCUUUCCUUGCAGAAAGAAAAGCUUUGUUUAUGCUUUGCAGCAUGGAAUAUGAUUUUUAUGUUGUAUUUAUUUUUAUUCUUGUGCCGGAUAUCUGGCUCAUUUUCAUUCUCGUAUGGUUAAAUAAACACAUAUUGAUUGCUUUGCUUA